AUGUUGUUGGAUGAAAUUGUGGGUGCUCCCACCGUCCACAAGGAGGAGCACAGCUUGCCCGAAGAUGAUGCCCGGUUAUUUAUAAAAGAAGAAGCUGGGUCAUUGGGUUCGUCAUCCGCCGCGAUAAGAAGGAAUACCCUAGAGGGGCAGCGAUGCCCUCUGUGGUAUUGUUCGUCGCAGGUGAAACAAAGUCCUCGCUCCCGGCGUGAGGCAAUCUCCUCGGGAGAAAGGCGUUUCAGGGUUGGGGCCGCGGGUUUGGGUGGAAGUGGUGUGGGCUGGGUAGGGGGAGGUAGGAGAGGGGGUAACGGUGUCGGGCGAGGAGGUGGGAGUAUCGGGGCUGGUGGAGGGCGUGGUCACGGCGGGGGUGGACGGUGGUCAAGGAGUUUUUCUUCUUGCAGGCAGGCAAGACCUGCAGCUUGGGCCAGCGUCAACGGCUGGUGA